UAAAUAGGCUUGCUCUGCAUGCUAAUCCAUAUCGUCAAUCACAUCACACUAGCCACUAGAAGCACCGGAGAAGAGGGUGUCAAGCAUGGCGUCCAAGGGUCUUCUUGUGUUUGCUCUCCUGCUUGCUGCUGCUAUCCUCGUCGCCUCAACUGAACAAACUCAGGCCAAGAAGGAGGAGAAAGCCGGCGUAGAGGGCUACGACGGCGGCGGUGGCUACCCUGGCGGCGGCGGCGGCGGCUACCCAGGCCACGGUGGAGGAGGAGGAGGCGGCGGCUACCCAGGACACGGUGGAGGAGGUGGCGGCGGCUACCCAGGCCACGGUGGAGGAGGAGGCGGCGGCUACCCGGGCCACGGUGGAGGAGGAGGCGGCGGGUACCCGGGCCACGGUGGAGGAGGCGGCGGCGGCUACCCGGGCCACGGUGGCGGCGGCGGCGGCGGCUACCCAGGCGCUGGCGGCGGCGGCGGCGGCUACCCCGGACACGGCGGUGGCGGCGGCGGUGGCUACCCUGGACACGGCGGAGGCGGAGGCGGCAGUGGAUGUCAUUGGGGCUGCUGCGGUCACGGGUACCAUGGCUGCCGCUGCUGCGCGCGCGCGGACGAAGUCCCGGAGCCCAUGUACCGCGCGGAGGUCCGCAACUGAGCACACGAGAUGCAGCUAUACGUACCUACGUGUGCGUACAACUCUACGUGAUGUUGUUCUGCACACGUACGUAUAGUAAGUUGCUGGUAAAUAUGGUCUCUGAUAAAUAAAGUGAGUAACCAUGCAAAAAAAAUAAAAAAAUAAAGUGCGUACGUAUACCGUAUACGUACGAGAGCCCGGUUUGCACUUUGCACAAUGAUCUUGGAGAACACACGCCCCUCUGUGUUCUUGUAUGUAUUAAUACCCCACACUAUAUAUGUUCUCCAUGUAUGUAUCAAAUUCCAUGUUUACAGUUAUGGGAAUAUGUUAUUGUGGAAUAAAAUCAUAGAGGAAUAUAGCCAAAGUUCUACA